AAUAUUUUUCAUUUUAUUCCAAAAUCCAAAUCAAAUACUAGUAGUAUGUAGUAUAUAUAUAUAUAUAUAAGUUAAAAAAAAUAUAGUUGUGCGUGUGAGGUGCGCUGUCGUUGCUAUUUUCCUUUACACCUUCUUUUUCGCCCUUUCCCUCUCUGUCUUCAACAUUCGACAGCUCCUCUCCUUCUUCCCCUCUCUCUCUCUAGAAAAUUCACUCAACAUUUCUCUCUCUCUCUACAUAUCUCAGAUCUGAUCAGACAUCACUUGAGGGGUGCCUAAUUUACAGAGUGUCUGGCUGCUAAACAUACAAUAUCGAAAUGAAGAAAGCAUUUGAUCAAACCGUGCGGGACCUUAAGAGAGGGGUGAAUAAAAAGGUUCUUAAGGUCCCUUCAAUAGAACAAAAAGUUCUAGAUGCGACUAGCAAUGAGCCCUGGGGUCCUCAUGGAUCACUUCUUGCAGAUAUUGCUCAGGCUUCAAGAAACUAUCACGAGUACCAAAUGAUUAUGUCUGUGAUCUGGAAGCGCAUCAAUGAUACUGGAAAAAAUUGGCGUCAUGUUUACAAGGGUUUAACUGUGUUGGAAUAUAUGGUAGCCCAUGGGUCUGAACGUGUCAUAGAUGAUAUACGGGAACGUGCUUACCAAAUAUCUACACUGUCUGAUUUUCAAUAUAUCGACUCCAGUGGGAGAGACCAGGGAUGCAAUGUCAGAAAGAAAUCUCAGAGCCUUGUGGUUCUUGUUAAUGAUAAGGAGAGAAUUCAGGAAGUUCGCCAAAAGGCAGCUUCUAAUAGGGACAAAUUCCGCAACACAUCAGCUGGCGGUAUGUAUCGUCCAGGAGGAUAUGGUGACAGAUUUGAUGAGGAUCGUUAUGGAGGCAGAGAUGAAGAAAGAAAUGGGUAUGGGAGAGAAAGGGAAUGGGGCUACAGAGAUGAGGACAGAUAUGGCAGAUAUGGAGACUCCAACAGCCGUGAUGGGGAUCGCUAUGGUAGAGAUUAUGAUGAGCACAGCCGAGAUGGACAUAAGGAUGAUGAUUAUCGUGGAAGAAGUCGAAGUGUUGAUGAUUAUAGUUAUGGAUCAAGAAGUAGAAGUUCUGACCGGUACAGGGAGCAAACCAAUGAUGAUGAUGGUCAAUAUUCUUCUAGGCCGCUUGAAAGGAGGUUUUCAGAACAAAACCUUAGUGCACCUCCUAGUUAUGAGGAAGCUGUUGGUGGUUCACGCAGCCCAACACAUAGUGAAAGGGAUGUAGAAACUUCUUCCGCAUCUGCACCCAAAUCUUCUUCACCUCAUGCAAGUGCCAGUCCAGGCCCAGCUACUAUGGCCGCUUCCGCACCAGCUACUGAUCCACCACCAGCUCCAGCCACAGCUACUACUUCACCACCAGCUCCAGCAGCAGCUACUACUUCACCACCACCUCCAGCAGCAGCCACUGCUCCACCACCAGAAAACAAGGUUGUUGAGAGUUUCGAUGAGUUUGAUCCCCGUGCAUCUUUUUCAGGAGCAGCAGCCCCAGCUCCAUCAAAUGGUCCUGUAUCAACUACUUCCGGCAGCGAAAUGGAUAUUCUUGGCUCCUUAGCUGAUCCGUUCUCCAACGCGUUAGCCCUUGUACCUGCAGGUUCGAGUGCCUCUGAGGUUAAUCCGUCUGGGACUACUGGCGCUGAGACCAUGUUUGGGGAAGCAUCAUCAGUGUCUACCGGCUCUAACCAGAUGUUCGAGGAUCCCUUUGGUGAUGGUCCUUUCAGGGCUGUGACCUCGAAUAACAAUGUGCAAACUCAUGUGCAGAACACUACUUCAUCUUUCCAUCCUAAUUCAAAUCAAAGCCCUGAGCUUCCUCAAUCAGUCCCUCAGGGUGCUGAGGUGUCAAGUGCAGCAUAUAGUCAGUUUGCUCCUACUAAUGUGCAAUAUGCUCAGCAGGAGCUGUCCACCUCCAACCAGGAGAUCGAUAUACUGGCUGAUAUCCUCCCACCAUCUGGUCCUUCACCUCCUAAUGAUCAUGCAAUCCCGAGUGUCCAACCUGCAACACAGACAGGUUUUGAGUCUUAUGGUGGACCAACUACACAACAGACAGGUUACAUGGCACCUCCUGGCCAGGCUGGGGCACUGACAGGUUUUGCAGCUCAACCUGGCCAACAGUCGCCACAAACUAGUUUCCCAAUUCAAGGUCAAACUGUAUCUCCAGUGGGCUUUUCUGGUCAAGCAAACAAUUCUCCAUCUUUUGGAGGUUAUCCAGCUCAACCUGGUCAAGCACCACAGACUGGUUUUGUACCCACAAGUGGUCAACCCACAUCAGGUUUCCACUCCGCACCAGGUUUCUAUCCACAGUCUGGUUAUCAGGUUCCUGCUGGCUCCUCUAUGCAGAGCAAUGCCAAUGCUGGAGGUUACAACACAGGAUUAGGAUCUACAGCUCCAUUUGGUAACCAAUUGGGUCAAACAUCUGCUGGACAACCCUACCUUUCACAGCCAACUGCUGCAUCCCACAUGCCUUCGCAAAUGCUUCAAUCUUCACAAACUCAGACAAGUAAUGCCCUAGUGCUGACACAAACUACUCCAGCUUCAACAGCUCUCGUUGGCACCCAACCCGCCAAAGACAAAUUCGAGACGAAGUCUACUGUUUGGGCAGAUACAUUGAGCCGUGGACUGGUCAAUUUGAACAUUUCUGGAUCUAAAACAAAUCCAUUAGCUGAUAUUGGAGUUGAUUUUGAUGCUAUUAAUCGCAAGGAGAAAAGGAUGGAGAAACCCAGUACAGCACCCGUGAUAUCAACUAUUAACAUGGGCAAAGCAAUGGGCUCAGGUAGCGGAGUUGGCCGAGCUGGUGCAGGUUCACUACGGCCUCCAUCAAACCCAAUGGUAAGUUCCGGUAUGGGCAUGGGCAUGGGUGGUAUGGGUAUGGCUGGUGGUGGCCCUGCAGGGGGUCCUGGCAUGGGAGCAUAUGGAGGAGCAAACCAGCCUUAUGGCAUGGGGAUGAAUAGACCCAUGGGAAUGAACAUGGGUCAAGGAUUUCAGGGUCAAGGAUAUCAGAUGCAACAGCCUUCUGGAUUUCCUCAAGGACCUGGAGCUCCUAUGCAGGGAGGUUACAAUCCCCGGAUGGGCAUGGGUCCCUAUGGCCAACAACCAUAUGGUGGAGGAUACCAAUAAAAUUUAGCCCAAUUCUGAAAGUAAGAAACCUUUGUGUCAUAAUAUCCGGAAUGUUUUCUAGUCGGUAAGCCUAUUGAACUCACCCUCUGUUGUAGAGUUGAUACUUUCUUGGGUGUGUUUAGUUUUGCAGGAUAAAAGUUAUAGGAGAGUACAUGUUGGUUCCUUCUUCAAUGUUGUUCUGCGAUUGCAUUACCAUCUGGGGUCAAACAUUGCUUGCAAGACCCUUCAUAAUGUUUUUUCUGUUGUGCCUUUGUAUAAACUCGAGGAUCACCUGUCUCCGGUGUUCCUCUUUUUGCCACUUGAUCCAUAUAUACACGUGUAGAAUUUUUUGAACUCGCGAUCAUUGAAAUUGUACACCUACUUUUGCUGAACUUAUGUAUUUGACUAUUCUUCGGUAAUUUGUAAGCUUCACAAUUUUCCUUU